UAUAUAUAUAAAUAUAUAUAUAUAUACACAUAUAUCAUAUUCUAUGUUUUUACCUGUUAGGUCCGUUAAGGACAGAUCCUCAUUUACCAUGAUGACCUGGUUUGCACUAAGUUCUGCAUAGGAACUGUAGAGGGAAACUUUUUGAUGUCUCUACAUUGUCCCUUCAAAUAAAGACUAAACUAAACUAUAUUCCACAAGCUUAAACAGAGUUUUCUUUACUUCUUGGGAAAAUGAUGGAAACUUGUUUAAAGUAACUAGUUUGUGUAGAGCAGAAUUUCCUAAAGUUAGUGUUGUGGUAGAGUCUACAAUUUGGUGCUGCUGUGUAUUCAAAAAAUAAUAUUUCUUCAUAAAUUUCUAACAAAUGGUUACAACAAAAAUGACGCAAAGCAAGAGCAAAUAUUGAAAAAUUGUAGCCUAGUUACAUUUCAAAGUAAAAGUUUAAGAGCACUACUAGAGACGGGAGACUAACAGUCCACUACUUCACUAACAUAGCAUUGCCAAAAGUAUGUAAAAUAAUCUGCUACUGUUCAAGGAGAAACAGGAAAAGCAGAACAUGCAGGCUGCACUGGAUUCUGCAUAUUCUGCUCAUUAACUAUUUAAACCUAGGUUGAUAAGGUUGCCUGCUCUAUACUCUGUGGGGAACUGACAGAGCAACAUCCCGAGGACAGACAAUUCUAGGACAGCUGCUUACUGUACGCCAGAUUUUCAAACAACAUGGCUCUUCAUAAUCAUGAUCAUGGUGAUGUGUACCGUGAGUGUGACCCUGUCCCAGAGGAGACCCCUCAGAUCAGAGGCUAUGACUUUAACCUGGGAGUGGACCACAAAGCCCUACUCCAGUCUUACUACAACACAGGCUUCCAGGCCACACACUUUGGUCUGGCGGUCAAUGAGAUCAACAACAUGAUAAAGAAGAGGAAAGAGCCCGUGAAGAGAGAGAAUGGACGAGUAGAAGAAGACCCCUCAGCCUGCCCCUGUCUGAGGAGCUGCACCAUCUUCCUGAGCUACACCUCCAACCUGAUCAGCAGUGGCAUCAGAGAAACUAUUCGCUACCUCGUGCAGCACCGAAUGGUGGAUAUCCUUGUGACCACAGCAGGAGGAGUCGAGGAAGACCUUAUCAAAUGUCUUGCCCCUGUUUAUCUGGGAGAUUUCAGAGCACCUGGCGUAGAGCUGUACAAGAGGGGCUUAAACAGGACUGGGAACACCCUGAUGCCUGAAUAUAACUAUCAAAAGUUUGAGGAGUGGAUUGUGCCUGUUCUUAAUCAGAUGUUGUUAGAGCAGAAUAGUCUGGGAAUUAACUGGACACCCUCAAAGAUGAUUCAUCGUCUAGGCAAAGAAAUCAAUCAUCCAGACUCAGUGUAUUAUUGGGCCUACAGGAAUAGCAUUCCUGUGUUUAGUCCCGCUCUGACAGAUGGUGCUAUUGGAGACAUGUGUUACCUGUUCUCCAAAAAAAAUCCAGGCCUUAAUUUGGACAUAAUUGAAGAUUUUACUAGACUAAACAACCUUUCUGUGGCUGCCAAUAGCACAGGUAUCAUUGCUCUUGGGGGAGGAGUUGCAAAACACCACAUAUUAAACGCUAAUGCUUGGAGAGAUGGAGCGGACUAUGCCGUUUAUGUGAACACAGCACAGGAGUUUGACGGCUGUGAUUCAGGGGCAGCUCCUGAUGAGGCUGUGUCCUGGGGAAAAAUCAGCCCAAAUGCCAAACCGGUCAAGAUAUGUGCUGAUGCCACCCUCGUAUUUCCCUUGUUAGUUGCAGAGACAUUUGCAGUCCAAGACAAGACAGCAGAUUUAGUUGUUAAUUUGUAAAACUAAUCUUAAUGCUAAACGUUUGCAGACUUGACAGACCAACCAACCUCUUCUAUAGUUCGCUGUUUACCUCUUCCUAUCAGCCAUAAUAUUAUGAUCACCGACUGGGCAUCUGGAUUAUUUUAUCAUAGCAUUGCAGAAGACAAGAACAUUUUGUCCUCAAACCAGUUUAACCAAGGCCAUAUCUCAAUGGCUAUAAGACUGGUCAAGAGCAUGUUUAUCACAAUGGGAAGUGGAGCAGAAGAGGUCUGUUGUGGCUCAAACUGCUCCAUAUCUCUGUAUUACCAAGAAAAAGGCUGUUAUGAUGGAUAUUAGUUAGGGAUAGACUACAUUGCUUCAUUGCUUUUUAGUUCAUGCAGGAAAAUCUUGUGUUUUUUUUCAAAAGUCUUUCAGCCAAACGUUAUUCUACCAGCUUGCCCCACAAGUUGGACUAACACUGCCAAACGCAUGAACACAUACAGAUAAGGGCUGUGUUGUAUUUUAGCCAUUCUCAUAUGCAGCUUUUUGUCUUAAGUUGUUACUAAAUUAGACAAUAUAAAUUGACAUUAGGUGUUUUGAUGGUGAACUAGGGCAAGUAGGGGUAAUGAGUAUAUAUUGUGCUAUUCAGAUUUUAUACUAAUAAUGAAUAAUCUUUUGUUAUUUCAUAUUUGUAACUGAUAAUGAUAGCCUGUUAUUUAUGAUAAUGUUAUUUGGAGCCAAUACAAUACAAAUACAGGGUUCUUGCUAUAUUUAA